AUGGAUGAUACAGAUACUAGAAAGCUAAUUGAACUGGUUCAACUGAACACUGAAUCAAAUGUUUCUGUCAAUUUUAUUAAUAUUUUGAAGAAACUAGCUGAAAAAAAAGAAAACUCUCAAGAUUUUGUUAAGGCUUGCACAGCUCUGGGUAAAUUUAAUGGUAAGCAAGAGUUUCUUAAUGACUUAUAUCUGAAGUUAAGAUCACAACAAAGUGGAGGUAUUGAAAAGAAUAAGAUAAUAGAAAGAGUUAAAUUAAAACCUUGGGAAAAAUUCAAUAUCGACGAUGAGGAUGAGGAAGAUAGUAUAAAUUUAUCUGGAAAGCCAAAUAUCAAUAAAAAGGGUACUUCUUCAAAAAUAAAAUUUAAAAAGAUUGGUAAAGGUACUGCCAAAAAACUCAAUGAGUUUUCAUUACCAGCCAAACCAGAUUCAGGUUCACCUUUAAUAACUGAACACCCAAAGGAUUCUAAUUUUUGUAUACCGACGUUUAAAACAUUCAAACAAGAAGUACAGGAAACACAUAUAGACGAUAAUGUUUCGAGUAGUGGGAUUGAGGAUGACAUUGAAUCAGAUAUAGACAUUUCUGACACGUUUGUAGAAGAUAGAGAAUGGUAUGAUAAUGACGACGAUUAUGGGAAUAUUGCAGUGGAUGAUAAAAAUGCCGCUGAUGAGCAAGAUUUCUUUACUUCAAACUCAAAAGUCAAUUACAAAGAUGGAUAUGACAAUUUGCAUACUGAAAUUCAAGUUAAUACUUUAUCAAUUGAGAAGCGUAAAGACUUGCUUCCACCAUUCUUAAAACAAUAUGGUGAAAAGCAUGGUGUCUCUAGCGAAACAGUUGCAGGAUCCCUUUUACAAAGCUCUAAUGAAGGUAUAGCGAGUCCAUAUAAGAAUUUAGAGAGUGAUUUUACAUUAAAUGCAAAGAAAGGUAGUCUAUUAGUUGCUCAAAAAAGAGCACAUAGGCAAAAUGUUGAAAAGAAUAAAGAAACAUCAUCUAUUACUGGUACUAGGAUAGGUGAGGUUUUGGGCAUAAAGGAACAUUUCGAAAACAAAAAGAAAAAAGCUAAUGACUCAAAUAUAGAUCAAACGUUUAAUGAUAUAAGUGAAGAUAUACAGGCUACUAGAAGAUCACUACCAAUUUAUAAAACAAGAAAUGACUUAUUAAGAAUGAUUAGAGAAAAUCAGGUUAUUAUAGUAAUUGGUGAAACAGGUUCAGGUAAGACAACACAACUUGCUCAGUAUCUAUUUGAGGAUGGUUACUGUCAGAAUAAUAAGAUAGUUGGGUGCACCCAACCAAGAAGAGUUGCCGCAAUGUCUGUUGCUACUAGAGUUGCUCAUGAAAUUGGCGUAGAGGUAGGAAAAGAAGUUGGUUACUCCAUAAGAUUUGAAGACGUCACGUCUGAAUGUACAAAACUGAAAUUUCUGACUGAUGGUAUUUUGUUACGUGAAUCACUUGUAGACAGUGAGUUGGAUCGUUACAGUUGUAUCAUCAUGGAUGAAGCUCACGAAAGGUCACUUAAUACUGAUAUUUUAUUAGGUAUCUUCAAAGCAUUAUUGGUCAGGCGCCGAGAUUUAAAACUAAUUAUAACUUCAGCAACCUUAUCAGCUAGCAAGUUUUCACAAUUUUUCAGAGGUGCACCUCAUUUUAAAAUUCCUGGAAGAACAUUUCCAGUUCAAACAAUAUACUCGAAGCAUACCGUAGGUGAUUAUGUUCACGCUGCAGUGACAGAAGCAGUUCGGAUACAUGUAUCUACCGAUAUUAAAAGUGGUGAUAUUUUAAUUUUCAUGACUGGUCAAGAAGAUAUUGAGGCUACCGCCGAUUGCAUAAAAGAAAAGUUGUUAGAAGUAUUUUCCAAGAAACGGAAAUACACAGAAGACAUUGAUGAAAAUGAUUUUGAAAUAUUCCCAAUAUACUCAGCACUGCCCUCUGACAUUCAAAAUCGUAUAUUUCAAGAUCUUCAUGGCAUAAAGAGAAAAAUCGUGAUCUCGACAAAUAUUGCUGAGACUUCUCUGACGAUUGAUGGUAUCAGAUAUGUAAUUGAUAGUGGCUAUUCAAAAAUUAAAGUAUACAAUCCUAAAAUUGGUUUGGAUAGUUUAGUAAUGGCACCUAUAUCAAUCGCAAGUUCUAACCAAAGGUCAGGAAGAGCAGGUAGAACAGCGCCAGGGACUGCAUAUCGACUAUAUACUGAAGAAACAAUGAGAGAAGACAUGUACACACAAACUAUUCCAGAGAUACAAAGAACCAAUUUAUCCAAUACAUUGCUUCUAUUAAAGUCUUUGAAUAUUACAGAUGUUUUCAAUUUCUCAUUUUUAGAUCCUCCACCAAUUCAAACAUUAUUGGCAUCUAUGUAUGAGCUUUGGUUCAUCGGUGCAAUUGAUAAUAGCGGUAAUUUAUCUUCGUUAGGUAAAACAAUGUCAAAGUUCCCCUUACCUCCAUCACUUUCAAAGAUUCUUCUAAUUUCUUCUAAAAAUGGAUGUAGUCAAGAAAUGUUAAUCAUAGUAUCAAUGCUAUCAGUACCAAAUAUAUUUAAUAGGCCAAAAGAGCAACAACAAGAAUCAGACACUGCCAGAAGUAGAUUUUUUGUACCAGAAUCUGAUCAUUUAACUUUAUUAAAUGUAUUUUCACAAUGGAAAAGUAAUCGUUAUUCUCAUUUAUGGUGUACCAAACAUUUCUUAAAUUAUAGAUCGCUGAAAAGAGCAAAUGAUAUUAGAAUCCAGUUAUCAAAGGUAAUGAAGAAAUUGGAUAUACCCUUGACAUCAUCUGGCAGUGACUGGGAUGUUAUAAGAAAGUGCAUAUGUUCGGGGUUUUCACAUCAAGCUGCAAAACUUUCUGGAUUGGGAAAAUAUAUACACUUAAAAACUGGUAUGGAUGUUCAUCUUCAUCCAACCAGUGCCUUAUUUGGUUUGGGUGACCUUCCACCAUACGUUGUCUAUCAUGAAUUAUUAAUGACAAACAAGGAAUAUAUAUCAUGCGUUACAGCAGUUGAUCCAUUUUGGUUAGUUGAUUUUGGACCAUUUCUUUAUGACCUUAAGCGUAUCGGCAGUUCGAGUAAUGCCGGGCAUAAGCUUUAUGGGUAUGAUACUGAAGAAGAAGAUAGUGGUGAAGUAGAUGAAUUAGACUUGAGAAUAAAAUCUGUAGUAGCUAAAAGGGAUACUCUCAUUAAUAACAUCAAGAAACUUGUAGAGGAACAACCUAUAACAACGAAUCAAAUUUCAAACGUUAAUACAAAGAGAAUGCAAACACAGAGUAAUGUACAUGUUGGAUUCAAAAAAAGAAGACCCUUAUAG